UUCUGGACGACUCAACUGGUUCGUCCCACGGCAUGUGUUUGUUGAUAACGAACGGUCGGAUGCGAUAGAUCGCGCGCGAUAAUCAGUCCAGUUCGCGAUAGUCAGCUGGGUAGGAGGUCACCAGAUACUCGGAAGUUUCUUAUACGGUGUUCGAUAAAUUUCGGUCAUGUCGAUAGUUGAUCAACGCUUGUGGAAAAAUGUGUUCUUGAUAGUUUUGGGCUUGUAUCUAAUUUGUGAUUUUCAUUAUGCAAAUGGGUCAGCAGAAAAGUUCAACUGUGCAAAUGGAGGAAAAGAUAAUGCAACAGAUCAUGUUCUGAAAAAUGCUCUACUCUGCGGAACCGGAUACAACCCACAGCAGAGGCCCGUGAAAAGUCAACAGGACCGACUUGCCAUGUAUAUUGGUGCAGACAUAAGGAAUGUAGAGUUGGUUCACAAUUCACAAAUCAAACUUGAAGUUGCUGUUGAACUUUCCAUGCAAUGGUACGAUGUCUAUUUACAUUGGAACAAGGUAGAGCAUGAAAACGUUCACACCGUAAAAGUGUCCACUGAAGACAUCUGGACACCAAAAUUGACUGCCAAAUCGCUUCGAAAGAAACCUGUUCAAAAUACCGAUAACCACUGCCUUAAACACAACUGUCAUUUGAGCUCGGAUGGAGAAGUUAUCUACACCAUGUUGUGUACCUUCCAGUUGGACUGUCUGGAUAGCUCACAUCAUUGGGCUUUCGAUACUAGGGCGUGUCCUUUGCGAAUUUUCACCUCCGGCUAUGAUAUCAACAAGCUGUCUUUGUUCCAUUUCCAGAGAAGGCUGUCCUAUUCGGUGGCUGGAGUGUUGCCAUACAAGAUCACCUCGUUUCAGAUGGCCAUCGUCAACAAUACGGUGAUUCCGGAGUUUCGGAUGGACAUCGUGGUGGAGCGGAUGGUGGGUCCUCAUCUGGUUGUGUUCCUUGUGAUAAUAAUUUUUUUGAUGAUACUCAAUCUUAUGAUAACUUGGUUUCGAGUUAACACUACUCUUCGAGCUGUACUAACGAUAACGUCGCUCGGUGUUCACGUUGUCUAUACAGUGAUAUUAUACUGGUAUUCGAUCAACAAAAUGGAACCUGCCUUCGGACUGGCCAACCUACUCAUGGGAUCGCUGAUCAUAAGCAUUUUCCUGGCCACAGUUUUCACCUAUUCGGAAAGAAUGGCCAAACGGGAUAGCACCACUACAGUUCCUCGUAUCCUCAAAACCAUGCAUCAUCUGUUAAACAAGAAUCCAAAGUUGAAAUUGUUAACUCACAUAGGGUACAUCAAUCUGGACAACGUGUCCCUGGAAUCUUCGUCCGAACCGGUGGCAAAAAAUACACCCGUAAAUCAUCAUCAUCUGGAAGCAGAUAGCCACUCGGAGUUGCCGAUUGAAACCGUCGAAUCCUCAGCUGAUUCCGAUUCAGAAGAAGUCGAUCCCUCUAAUCUGGAGUGGAACGUAUUUCUGCUACCAUUCGAUAGAAUUGUGUUCUACGCCAUGGUUACAAUCUAUGCCCUGAUGUUGUUCAUUUGGUUCAUUUAGAUUUAUGGAAUUUGAAGCAUUAUCAAUUAAAUGGUGUUUUAGAUGGAGGAAGUUCAAAGUAGAUUAGAGAAAAGUAGUUUAAUAUCGGAUACAUAAACAACGAUAAUGAUUUACUGAUAUUUCAACCAAAAACAUUGAAUUGCACUAUGAAGCAAAUCUGAAAAAAACGUGAAUA